CGUUGACACACCGCUAGACACUCUCGUAGUCAACCAAACCGGUGAGAGUCGUCUACUGCCCCUGCAUUGCCAGCGUGGCAAAGGGAGACGCCCAGCGACGACUACAAAGACUUGCGCAAUGCUCCUCUCCGUCGUGGUCCUGAAAUGACCGCUACCUCCCCUUCGAGACCACCUCUGCCGCCCAGUAUAGCCACCAAGUCUUCCUCUACUGCCUCGCUCUCACAGUUGGGCGCUGUAGCUAGCAGCAAGACCACUUCGGCUCCUCGUACUCAUACCUCCUCUCGCGCUCCUCUCACGGCUCGCCAAGAUGGCCCAAGCCAGGAUCCUACCUCUCAAAGAACGACUUUGUCCCUGAUCAGGAGAACUUUGGUGUCCGAUGGAAGUCAGGGAACAGACUUGAGGGCAUCACCGGGACCGAUUGAAGGAAUCUUACCUCCCCUUACCAGCUCGAACGAGGUGGACGUGCAGCUCUAUGCAAUUGUCGCCAUCGUCAUCAAAGAUUUUGUCAAUUCGUGGUACUCCAAGAUAACACCAGACCGUACUUUUGUGGACGAGGUGAUCCAGAUCAUCGCACACUGCACUCGAGCGCUUGAACAGAGACUACGACAGAUUGACAUAACAGAACUGUUGUUGGAUGAAGUGCCAGUCCUGGUCGAAAGACACAUCGAUGCCUACAGGACCGCUACGACGGCCCCAGCCACUGUGCAAUACGGGGAAAGCCCCCGCAGAAUCUACCACUCUCUCAAUCCACAUCCGGCGCUCGACCCUUCCCUCACCGCCGAGGAACAGAGACGUUACGAAUCUGCCUACCGACAGUUACUCAUCCAAGGGGCUCUUGCCGUGCUUCUACCAACCGAGGAUCUGGCGAACGCAUGUCUCAGAACUUUGGUGACGGACAUCAUUGCGGACCUGAUCCUCGGACAAGCACUGGCCGAGAGAAUAUGCCAGCCAUGGUUUCUGCACGGGACUGUCUCCAAGGUGGUGGAGAUAGUGAAAACGCCUCCGUCAAAGGCCACCAUCAACAAGGAAAUCAUUCAGCAAGAGGGUCGCCGAAGCCGUCUGGAAAAGUUUGGCCUAUUAUCGGCCAAUGCUGCGAAUCAACGGAAUCAUUCGCCAGCACAAGACCAAUCAUUGCUUAGCGCGUGGUUUUGGACACUUCUUCAGUACGCCUUCAUCGCAUACCAGUCCGUGCGAUUCAUCCUCGUCGGCAUGGCGCACGCGCAAACUCUUCCACCAAGAGUCCCCGGCCGACUCGCCAAUGCCCCCGCCGUGUCCUCACCGUCGCAGAACACUUCCCCUUCGUCAACGCGCGGCAAAUCGGACGUCGACGGUCAUCCCGCGCAAGCCGUGAUCAACUACGGGUUAUUCUCCUGCAUCUCUACCAUUCUCGAUUUGUCGGUUCGCAUGCCGUGGCUAGCGGCUUCUUUGAGUUUCUGGCAGCACAUCCUGGCUCAAGGACCCGGGAGGUAUGGUGCUGCAAGUUCCAUUCUGGACAAGUAAGUGAUACUCUUUCCUUCUGUUGUCUUCUCAGUACUUUGCAACUUCGAUGUCGCCCUAUCUUUUCCCAGGCUCCCGAGGUUCUGGUGGAGGCUCGCGGCCAUAUUAUGGAUGAAGUCGCAUCAGAGUGUGGUCAUCUGAUAUGAAUCAGAUGGUGCUCGGCCAAUGAUGGUUGAUAUCAGCCAUGUUUCAGGCAUGUGCUGGAUUGACUGCUUUCGGUUGUUCAUGCACCAUUUGAGUCAGGAGGGUGUGGGAUGUGGACCUCGAAUACCACGAUACCGCUGGCGACCAAUGACAGCCGUUACAUGUCAUGACAAUACGAACGAUGUAUUGUCAGGCCGCCCGUUAUGACAUCUGAUUGGACGAAGUCCUACUUCACGCCUUCCCACAUACGACCGGUUUUGUCCCCCCAACCCGGACUCAGGACGGUCACGCCCCCGGUAUCCACGGUCGCGGGUGGACUCUGUCGAAAGAGACAUGCCCUCGACUUCUGACGUCGAUUCGCUAUCAGAAACCCUAUGUCUGAGCUCGACCUUCUUGGUGAUCUACCGGGAGACCACCAGAAAUGACGAAGCGAGAAGAGGAAUAAAAAUGGUUAAAUGUGGCCAAUCAGCACGUUGUCUUCAUUGGGCUUUCUCGCUUCCUCGAUAUCAUGCCAAACUGUCAACACGGAGGAACAUGGGUCGGCCCCGCCCUCGUUUCCUUCUGGCCCCAUCAAGGACAGAGUACUUGCACAUCUUGUAUCCACGGAUCAUGAGAUCAGUCGUAAACCAAUUACUUUGAAACGAUGGUACUCUUCACAAGGUGGCACUUCUUCAUCGACUAUCGACCGGAAAAAAGGGCCCAACCAGCACAAAAGUCUCGGAGAAGAGGCGAUUUUCAUCGCUCGAGCCAAUGAAACAACUAUUUCUGUUGCAUUUCUUGGAAUUUCGACCAGUUCUGCCGCACUAUUGGUCGCUGACGCUGUUUGAGGAUUCAGCCCUGGUUCUGAUGGUGCAGCCUGUGCCCCCACCUCGUUACCGGUCAUCAUCGGCUGUCUCGGCGCCCGCCGAUAAGGGAAGAGGAGCACUCGGCCCUCGAAGAUAAUGGUCAUCCAGCAUUAUCUUUUACGUCACCAAAGUGUUAGAUUAUGUUCACGACAACAUUCCAUCCUUUCACUGAGCCGUUAUCUGUCAGUGAGCGAAUUCGACCCGACACGACAUGUCAAACGGCUCGCUCGGACGGGUCCUUGUGUCACUCGCAAAGAACAUGCUCAGACGACUCUAGUUCGAACUCCAAUUUCGACGCCCUAAAAGUUGCCUACUUCGGGUUGGGCAUGUUUCCGCAACCUGCUGCAACUCCAAACCUAUUGUCCUCGCAGGUGGCGCUUCGAGGAUUGACUCUACUCGCUGAUCAUCCUUGAAGUGGACAUUCCACACCACAAUCCCUGAAUUCUGCACAUUUUCCUUUAUUCGGGCUUGAUGGGCCCUGAUCCUGGAAAGCUGACUAUCUGAAUUCUGCAAACCUGUUGGGAAAGGCUGCAUUUGCAUACCAAGCUACUCCGUAGAGCGGGACGUGGACCCCUGAGGCCCAGAACGCGCCUCGUCAUUUUUGGGCAGCUUUAGAGGACUCUGCAGGCUUGUUUCCCUCAACUUUCGCAUUUGCGCGAAGGACCAUGCCAUCACCAGUCCUAUGAACACAUGCUCGCCGAACCACUGCACGAUGCUGCCUAGCGCACUUCUGCUUCAAUUGCCUGGUUUGGUUCCGCUUCUUCGAACCGACGACAUCAGUCACGUGCGAAGAUCAGAAUGUAGCAAUGCUCAAUCUGAUGAUGAGCGCCCAGGGCCAGCGAUGAAGCUCCUCGGGCAGUUUUGAUACUCGAUCCGACGCCCUUUGGAGCCUGAAGGGAUUGGAAGUCGCUCCGAUACUCGGACGGCUGCAAAAUCCACGUCCAACGUUCGACCAUCGGAUGCAAUGGGACGCAGCGGCCAUUCGGAACCAUUGAUUUCGUUAUGACCAUUUCUUCCUUCCCUUUUGCCUGCCCGCUCGUAAUACGCCAAAACCUUUACUGGGAUCGAGAAGAUUAGCUGACAGAUGACCAAACUGUGACAGAUUCCUCUACCACACGAUUUCCACGCGUGUUUUUUCACCUUCUCUACUUCCGCCCCUUUUACUGCAAGUAAGAGCAAUAAUCUUUCCGAACAACUCCAUGGGUCCGCCAGCUCCUCCACCUCCUUCAGCCGAAGAAGCUCGCCUCAUCAGGUCAAAAGCCGCAAGCGACAUCCUCUCUCUUGUCCCCAGACCGGUGGCUCGGAAGUUCUUUGCCGUUUCAGGUGCCAACGAUGAGGAGAACCAGGAAUCUAUGCGGGCACAGAUUGAGGAAAGCAUGCUAUGUUGGACAGAUGACGCGGAGUUGAACAAGCACCUGAUCUACUCGAUCCUGGAUCUCAUCCUGCUCAGACUGGUGCCGGAGAUGCAAGGCAAGACGCCCAUUGAACUUCUGGCUGAGAGAGGAGUUGUUCUCAGCGGUGAGGCGGAUGGCGAGGAGCUUCUGGUGGACCUGAAUGAAGAGAAAGAAGCAUUGUGAUCCGUGAAACUGGGGCCUAUUCGAAUUGUCCUCACUGUCGAGUGUCGUAGGCCAGAAGCGCCCGGUCCUGCACAGUAUACCCCGGCUGGCCAUACUUUGCCAUUGCAUCACAAUAAAUUUGCUGUGUCUGAUCGAAUCUGAAAAUAACGCCG